AUGGAUCUUUCACAAAACGACUCUUUGCAUCUCCUCGACAACUAUUACAAAAAUGGCACAGGGCAACAAAUAGACACCAUUACUUUAAAACGAUGGUUUUACCCCACAGUGGCUGCCUUUGCUUUCAUAGGACUAACAGAAAAUACCGUAUCAGUGAUGGCCCUGUGGUUCAUACCUCACCGCCCAUGGGCGCCGUUCCACUACCUCCUCCUGUACCUAGCUGUGGCUGACUGGCUAUUACUGGCGGUAUGUUUCGUGCCAGCUUUGGCUUCGGUCAUCGGAAUGGCAGGGGAUGGUCAAGGCGAGGCCCAGAUUACGUGCGCCGUAACUGUCAUCUCUGACCUGUCCUGCUAUCUCAUAUUGCCUCCGCUGAUGGCAACAACAGGACUUGUGGUCAACCAGUACGUCUCAGUGGUCAAGGCACUGUCCUAUUCUACUUUCAUGACGAAGAGGAGAACAUUUACCUCCAUAUUCGUCCCGUGUGUCUUGGUGACGGCCGCCUAUUUGACGUUUCACGGGAUCACCUGCGCUGCGUCACCCAAAUCAAGCUGUAUGGAACAUUUCGAGCAAUCGAAAUAUUUCCUGGCAAGGGAGUAUUUCUUGGCCUGCGCCAUCAUUACUCUUUCAGUCUUCAACGUCAUCGUCUAUAUUUUGAUAUUUGCCAAAGCCCACGAGGUGACGUUACGACCGGUCACCGGCAGUCCGGUCUCCAGCCAAAACAAGCUGGCCACAACCGUGGCCUUACUUUUAGGAACGGUCCUCCUAUUUUGGAUCCCAGGGACCUUAACAUCAAUUUUUUACAUUAUUGGGAACCAGAACCCUGGCCAUUUCGACCAAGACAUGGAAUUUUCACUGAACACGCUUCAGCUUGCCAGUAAUAUUAUGUUCUUUUUCAAUCCAAUAGUGGAUCCGUUCAUAUAUGGUUUACGCCUCAGAGAAGUUCGGGAAGGGUACAGGUUGCUGUUUAGGAAAUUUAAAAGUUGGUGGGUUGGGGAUGAAAAGGACUUUCUAACCCAUAGGCUAUCAUCGUCGGCGGGAAAUGGAAAGGUAUUUGAUGAUGUUGUCACCGUGAACGGCGCUGUUGUCAGGGAGAUUUCUCACAUGGACAUGUCGCAAGAAAUUUGA